AGCCCCCUUUCCUUGCAGGACCCCAUGAGUAAGCUGUGGCGGCGCGGUAGCACCUCUGGGGCUAUGGAAGCCCCUGAACCCGGUAAGCGCGGGUCGAUAAAGCAAGUUAGGCGUUCGCAGAAAAGGAGUGCCCUUUUUGCUCUUCCGAGCCUCCGGGGUACUUCGCUACAGGUGGGAAGGAGAAAGGCGGGGCUGCUGUUAUGGUAACAGCGUGUACCGCGGGAAGAGUGGGGUCCCUUGGGGGUAUUGGGUUCUUCCAGGUUUUCCCUGUCCCUCCCUUAUCUACACCGUUGACAGGCUCUCCUCACGCAGGGGAAGCGCUGGAAUUGAGCCUGGCGGGUGCCCACGGCCAUGGAGUGCACAAGAAAAAGCACAAGAAGCACAAGAAAAAACACAAGAAGAAACAUCAUCAGGAAGAGGAGGCUGGGCCAACGCAGCCGUCACCUGCUAAGCCCCAACUUAAACUCAAAAUCAAACUGGGUGGGCAGGUCCUGGGCACCAAGAGUGUUCCUACUUUCACUGUGAUCCCUGAGGGUCCUCGCUCACCCUCUCCCCUUAUGGUUGUGGACAAUGAAGAGGAACCUAUGGAAGGAGUCCCCCUUGAGCAGUACCGUGCCUGGCUGGAUGAAGACAGUAAUCUGUCCCCCUCCCCACUUCGGGACCUGUCAGGGGGCUUAGGAGGUCAAGAGGAAGAGGAGGAACAGAGGUGGCUGGAUGCCCUGGAGAAGGGGGAGCUUGAUGACAAUGGAGAUCUCAAGAAGGAGAUCAACGAGCGGCUGCUCACUGCUCGACAGCGAGCUCUGCUGCAGAAGGCGCGGAGUCAGCCUUCCCCGAUGCUGCCGCUACCUGUGGCUGCGGGCUGCCCGGCCCCGGCCCUCACCGAGGAGAUGCUGCUGAAGCGCGAGGAGAGGGCGCGAAAGAGACGGCUGCAGGCGGCCCGGCGGGCGGAGGAGCACAAGAACCAGACUAUCGAGCGUCUCACCAAGACUGCGGCGCCCAGCGGGCGGGGAGGCCGCGGGGCGGCGCGGGGCGAGCGACGGGGAGGGCGGACCGUGGCCCCGGCCCCCAUGGUGCGCUACAGCAGCGGGGCACAGGGUUCCACCCUUUCCUUCCCACCUGGCGUCCCCGCCCCCGCGCCAGUGCCUCAGCGGCCAUCCUCAUCUGGCCCUCCUCCUCGAUGCUCCGUUCCCGGCUGCCCACACCCGCGCCGCUACGCCUGCUCCCGCACGGGCCAGGCGCUCUGCAGCCUUCAGUGCUACCGCAUCAACCUGCAGAUGCGGCUUGGGGGACCCGAGGGCCCCGGAUCUCCCCUUUUGGCUACUUAAGGCCCUGACCUAACCUGGACUCUGCGCCCUCUCCCCUGCCCCGUUUUCAUUAUUUUACCCCCCUUAUUAUUAAAUUUCAUCCGAUGCCUCGACUUGUACAGAGUUGGGGAAAUGGGGUAUGGGCAGGCCAAUGCCCCGUACACACAUUUUGCCCUCACGGGAGAUUGCGUUAACACCUGGG